AUGGUCCGAAUUGCGGCCUUCGAGGUGGAGCAAUGGAUGGACGAGUAUGAGACUACCCCAGGAUGCCUCAACAUCGCCGAAACCUGCGCCGCCUCCGUCUCCGUGGAUGAGUUGAUGGGACUCUCCGAGGACAAGAGCGCUCCAGGCCCGAUCGACUUCUCCACCAAGCUCGUCUACGGACCCAUCCGCGGCUCUGAUCCCCUCCGACAACGAGUCGCGGAAUUGUGCGGCAGUGAUGGUUCGGGCGACCGAAGUAUUCUUGAACAGGACGAUGUUCUCAUCACCCAAGGCGCUAUUGGAGCCAACUUCCUGUUGCUCUACACUCUCGUCAACCCCGGCGACCACGUCAUCUGUGUGUAUCCCACGUAUCAACAGCUCUAUGGCGUUCCCGAGAGUCUGGGUGCGGACGUCUCACUAUGGAGACUGAAGGGGGAGAAUGGCUUCGUUCCGGAUGUCAAAGAACUCGAGGGUCUCGUCAAGUCCAACACUAAGGCAUUCCUCCCUCUCGUCCUCUGCGGAGCACCAAUCCCCACCACAGUGCUCAAGGACAUCGUCGCCUUUGCCAAAACUCACAACCUCAUCCUCUUUUCAGACGAGGUUUACCGCCCGCUUUUUCACAAUUUCUUCGAGGAUGGCUCCGAAGUGCCGCCCCCGGUCACCACUUUUGGCUACGAAAAGGUUAUUGUCACAGGUUCCAUGUCCAAGUCUUAUGCGUUGGCUGGCAUCCGGAUCGGCUGGAUCGCAUCAAAAGACAAGGGCCUUAUCCAGGCAAUCGCUUCAGCAAGAGACUACACCACCAUCAGCGUGUCCCAGAUAGAUGAUCAGAUCGCUUCCUAUGCGCUUUCACGGCCAGUUUGGAAGCCGUUGCUAAAGCGUAACGUCGCGCUCGCUAACACGAACAAGGCGUUGCUAGAAGCCUUCAUCGAAAAGCAUAAGAACGUCUGCUCCUGGGUCAAGCCCAAGGCGGGAACCACGGCAUUUGUCCAAUUCACCCAUGGUGGAAAGCCGGUAGAUGAUGUUAAGUUUUGCCUGGAUGUUCUCAACAAAACGAAGGUGUUCUUCGUACCUGGGUCCAGAUGCUUCGGGGAUGGGAAGGACUUCCCGGGCUAUGUCCGCAUUGGCUAUGUGUGCCACACGGAGGUGCUCAAGGAAGCUCUGGAGAAGCUCGAGAAAUACUGCGCUAUCAGACCAUCCUGUCUCCAAUGGGUCCCAUCUCCCUCUUUUCGUAGUUCUACCUACUCCAUUCUUUCCCUUCUGUAUACGCCGCAUACGCUUUUGGUCACGAUGAGGGCUCCCAGGGCCGUCAGAGUGCCGAAUGGCGGCCUCUUUACAGGCGCAAAGCCUUCGAGUCGGCCUUUCAGCAUCGCCGUCAACGUGAAGGCUGCUGCUCCUGCCGCCGCCACCACCCAAGCGACCCCGGCAUCAUGGAAGCUCGCAAGGCGUGCGUUCUCCACGACCCCCCGCGUGCGAUCUGCCGCUGAGGAGGCCCUGAAGCUGGCCCAGGAGAAUGCCGCCGCCCUGACCCCCGAGGUCGUCGCCGCCAAGAUGAGCCCCGAGGAGGCCCAGCGUCUCUCCCGCGUGCGCAAUAUCGGUAUCGCCGCCCACAUCGACUCCGGAAAGACGACAUGUACCGAGCGAGUUCUCUUCUACUCUGGCAAGAUCAAGGCUAUCCACGAGGUCCGCGGAAAGGACUCCGUCGGCGCCAAGAUGGACUCUAUGGAUCUCGAGAGAGAAAAAGGCAUCACCAUCCAGUCUGCGGCCACCUUCGCCGACUGGACUAAGAAGGAAAACGGAAAAGACGAAACAUACCACAUCAACAUCAUCGAUACCCCCGGUCACAUUGACUUCACUAUCGAGGUCGAGCGCGCCCUGCGUGUUCUCGACGGUGCCGUCAUGAUUCUCUGCGCCGUCAGUGGUGUCCAGUCCCAGACCAUCACCGUCGACCGUCAGAUGAAGCGCUACAACGUCCCCCGCAUCAGCUUUGUGAACAAGAUGGACCGUAUGGGUGCCAACCCCUGGAAGGCCGUCGAGCAGAUCAACAAGAAGCUCAAGAUCCCCGCCGCCGCGAUCCAGGUCCCCAUCGGUGCCGAGAACGAGUUCCAGGGCGUCAUUGACAUCAUCGAGAAGAAGGCUUACUACUUUGAGGGCCCCCGUGGCACCCAGGUCAAGGUCGCUGAUCUCCCCAACGGCUACGCCGACAUCGUCGAGGAGAAGCGCCAGGAACUCAUUGAGAAGCUUGCCGAUGUCGACGACGAGAUUGCCGAGAUCUUCCUCGAGGAGCAGACCCCGACCAUUCCCCAGAUCAAGGCCGCCAUCCGCCGUGCUACCAUCGCCCUGAAGUUCUCCCCCGUCAUGAUGGGUUCCGCCCUCGCCGACAAGGGUAUCCAGACCGUCCUUGACGCCGUCUGUGACUACCUGCCCAACCCCUCCGAGGUCGAGAACAAGGCUCUGGACAGGAAGCGCGACGAGACCGAGGUCAAGCUGGUGCCCUACAACUCGCUCCCCUUCGUCGGACUCGCCUUCAAGCUCGAGGAGAACAACUACGGCCAGCUCACCUACAUCCGCGUCUACCAGGGCAAGCUCCGCAAGGGAUCCUACCUGUUCAACUCCCGCACCGACAAGAAGGUUCGCAUCCCCCGCAUCGUCCGCAUGCACUCCAACGAGAUGGAGGACGUCAACGAGAUCGGCGCCGGCGAGAUCUGUGCCGUCUUCGGUGUCGACUGCGCCUCCGGCGACACCUUCACCGACGGAAACCUGCCCUACACCAUGUCCUCCAUGUUCGUCCCCGACGCCGUCAUGUCGCUGUCCAUUAAGCCCAAGCGCACCAGCGACGCCGACAACUUCUCCAAGGCCAUGAACCGUUUCCAGCGCGAGGACCCCACCUUCCGUCUGCACGUCGACGAGGAGUCCGAGGAGACCAUCAUCUCCGGCAUGGGCGAACUGCAUCUCGAGAUUUACGUCGAGCGUCUCCGCCGCGAGUACAAAGUCGACUGCGAGACCGGCAAGCCCCGCGUCUCGUACCGCGAGACCAUCUCCCGCAGGACCGACUACGACUUCCUCUUCAAGAGACAGUCUGGUGGCCCUGGUGACUACGCCCGUGUCGCUGGUUGGAUCGAGCCCUUCGAGGACCCCGAGAAGAACUUCUUCGAGACCCAGGUCGUUGGUGGCACCAUUCCCGACAAGUUCCUUUCCGCUUGUGGCAAGGGCUUCGAGGAGGUCACCGAGAGGGGUCCCCUCCUCGGCCACAGGGUCAUUGGUACCAAGAUGAUUGUCAACGACGGUUCCACCCACGUUACCGAUUCCUCCGAUCACGCCUUCAGCCUGGCCACCCAGAUGGCUUUCCGCAAGGCCUUCGACGAGGCCGGUGGCCAGGUCCUCGAGCCCCUGAUGAAGACCACCAUCACCGCCCCCAACGAGUUCCAGGGUAACAUCAUCAUGCUCAUGAACAAGCGCAACGCCACCAUCCACGACACCGAGGUUGGCACCGAAGACUUCACUCUCAUCGCCGACUGCAGUCUCAACGCCAUGUUCGGCUUCAGCUCUCAGCUCCGUGCCGCCACCCAGGGCAAGGGCGAGUUCUCCAUGGAGUUCAGCCACUACGCCGCUGCUCCUCCCCACCUCCAAAAGGAGCUCAUUGCCAACUACCAGAAGGAGUUGGCUGCCAAGCGCACCAAGUAA